AUAUUUUGGGAAUAGACUCCUUUUCAUAAAUCUUUUUCCCAAAAACUGACAGUGACAGAAAGUCAAGGAUAGUGCUACAAUGGCGACGAUCACCAUGAAACCGAUCUCAAAAUGGUCCAAUCUUCCAUCAGACGUAUUAGCAUCGAUCGCCGAUCGUCUUGACCCAGAAAUUGGCAUAAUUCGACUUCGUUCUGUUUGCCGUUCAUGGCGUUCCUCAUUCCCCACCAUUCACUCCACCAUUAAUUUCCCUCUCAAGCUCCCUAUACCACUCACCUCUUCUCAUCCAUCCCCAAAUUUUCUCUUUCUUCAUCAACGAACUAUUUAUUUUCUUCCUCUUAAAAUCCCAAUCAAUGAAGGUUUCAUCAUUAAACUUGAGCAAAUACAAAACACCCACAAAACCUUUUCUCUUUGCAACCCACUUUCUGCUCAUCCUAAACCUUCUCAACCCAAUUCCCCUCUAAAUAUCCUUGAUCACAGACUUACCCAUGUUUGUAAUUCGUAUUUUAUUCAUUCAAAUGAUGAAUCUAUAAACAUUCCGAUUAGAAAAGUAGUCGUCGCGAAGAAUUUUUUCGAAAAAGGUGAUUUUGUUGUUUUGGGUUUGAAAUUUAGUGGGAAUUUGUUAAUAUGGAGAUUUGGGGAUGAAUGUUGGACUGAAAUUGCUGCUUCUGGGCGUUGUUUUGAUGAUAUUAUAAGUUUUAAAGGAAAGUUUUACGCGACUGCUGAUAGGAAAGGGAGACUUGUGAUGAUUGAUUCUAAUUUGAAACCUAUUGAUCUAGUUUCAAGACUAAUGUAUGGUAAUGGUAGUUCUACAAGUUUGGUUGAAUGUGAUGGCAAUUUGUAUUUAGUUGAUCGUGAUCUUGAAAAUGGAGGGUCAGGAUUUGGGGUCUUUAAGUUAGAUGAUAAGGGUAGGUUUUGGGAUUAUGAGCUGAAUUUGAACGAUUGUGUGUUCUUUCUGGGUGAUGAUGCAAAUUUUUCAUUGUCUAUGAAUCAUUAUAAUGGAUGUGUAAGAAAUGUAAUUUACUUCAAGGAUGAUGAAUUUGAUGGACUGACUCGAGUUUUCGAAAUGAAUACAAGUAAUACUAGUGUUUUGGAAGAUGCUGAGGAGUUUUGCAGACUAUACUGGCCUCCCCGGAGUUGGUUUGAUGACUUAUUUCGAUCUCGAUGAUUGGGGGAGUAUUAUACAAGAAAUCAAAUCAAUGUUGGAAAGACAAACAAAUGAGGAUUAUGUACGGCAUAUCAACAUUUUAAUUGGUAUGGUGAGGUAUAUGUGCUUAUGAGAUGUUGCAAUUCUUGGAUCCAAAUGAUGAGUUCAUGAAGAAAUCGCAUCCAAUGUGCUUAAUAGCUGUUCAUGUUCUAAAUGCUUCAGAGAAGAAGCAUUUGACAGCAAACUCAAACAAAAGAAGUAUUUAUUUUUGUGAUUUUCUUUCAAAAUCUUUUUGUCAUUUAUUUAACAGUUUUUAACAUAUUUUAUGUCUUUGUUUAAUAGUUUCACCUUGCUAGACUUCUCAAUCCCAAUUCAUAUGUUACCUCUAAUUUGACCAAAAAUAUAAGCUUAUUUCUUCAUGGAAAGAAUAAGCUACUGAUAUUGUCCGAUAUAUAGUAUGGCUUGAUUUACAAUAGGUAUUUAUAGUAGGUGUUUAUGAUUUUCAAAUUAAGUAUUUGUAGUAUUUAUAGUAGGUGUUAUAUUAAUUAUAGUAGGUGUCCAAGAUUCCUUUACUUAUUGACGAGAAAACAAUAUAUGCCUAGAAAAUAAGAGAAGAAAAACACAAGAGUAGAGCAAAGAAGUGUGUUGUGAAGAAAAGAAAGUAAUUUUUUAAUAAACAAUAUGAUGCACAAGUUCAUUUUGGUUAUCUAAUAUAUACCUUAGUUAUUUUUUCAUUGAUUAAACAUAUGGAAUCAUUUUUUUUAGUUUUAAAUAUUCAAACUAAUGAUAUUUUCAAUGUGUCUAUAUGAUGAUGGAUUUAGAUUUUUUUUUUUAGUUAUCAAUAAAGUAUGUGUUUAAUUAUAAAUAUAGGCAUUAAUGGAUUUUGUAAACAUCACACAUUGAAAGUUAUAAAUUUCAUUAAGACUUUAUAGCGAAUGUUUAUACUAUAUAAAGUAAAUGUUUAUGGUAUUUCAAAUUGAAUAGUUGUUUAUAGUAUUUAAAGUAGGUGUUUAGAGUACUUAUAUAAUACGUGUUUAUAGUUCUCAAAACACAUGUAAAUAUCUUGAAAGUAAGUGUUUAUAGUAUUUAAAGUAGGUGUUUAUAUCAUUCAAAGUCGGUAUUUAUAGUAUUCAAAGAGGUGUUAAUAGUACUUACAAUACGUGUUAUUAUAUUCAAAAUAUGUGUUUCUAGUAUUCAAAGUAAAUCUUUAUAUAAUUCGAAGUAAGUCUCUAUAGAAUUCAAAGUAUAUAUCUUAAGUAGAUAAAAUAAGUUGACUAUAACAAGGUAUAUUUUACAUGAUAGCUCCCCAUUUUGCUAAAAUGCUAGUGGUUGCAUAACAGUUUUCAAAAUUCACAAAUAGCAUCAAAACUGAAAUUUAUUCAUAUUAUAACAAAAAUGACAAAAAUACCAUUAUUUUUAUUCACACCAUAAUUUUCAAAACUUCACAAAGUAACAGAUUUUUUUUUAUCAUUUCUUGCUAUUGUAUGAACAAAUUUUAUUUUGAUGUUAUUUUGUGGAUUUUUAAAAUAUUUGUACUGCCACUGGCCUUACAACAAGGUUGGAAUCUACCACUAGAAAUAUCCCUUAUAACAAACAAUGUAUGAUAUUCGUAUCAUUAAUUGAUUUAUUUAAAGGAAAAACAAGAAAAAGGUAUCUAAAAUGAAAAAGUAUACAUUAUAUAGAGAAAAUUAUUUUAAACUACCUUUUCUAUACACUUGUUUGCAAAAAACUACCUUAUGUAAAUUUUUUUGCAAAAAACUACCUUAUGUAAUACAUUUCUUUGCAAAAGACUACCUUUUAACGAUUUCUUAGGGUUUGACCGUUGGUUUCAAUCCCUAAUUCAUGAGCUGCUCAUUUUCCCUUCGAAAAACCAAAUUCAUUGUUCUUCAUUGUUGCUUCUCCCUUCUUUCUUUCUCCUUGAUUUCGAAUCAGUAAAUCAGUAAAAGUACCCAAUUUUUUUGCAAUUAAUUUGGAAU